AUGGGAUUACAAAUCCUGAUCGUAGUGUUGUCUUUUGCGGCUCUAACUGUGAUUAUUAUAUUCAACAAGGCAUCCUACCGAAAACGUCACAGCUCCCAAAUGCAUCUUACAAAUCGUUACCAAUUGAACGAGAAUAUCCGAGUUGGAAGUUAUUUGAUGCCGAUUGCCAUCAAUGAAGUACUUGUUAAGGUUUGUUCCAAUUUUCUGGAUACUAAUGUUUUAUUCAACAAUAUUGACUAG